CAAGCAGUCUAUUCUAAUGAAAGUCCUCAUUUUUAUGUUAAUCUUUACACAAGUAAUCUGUAUUGGAGGCCCGCUUGAAAGUUUUGUAGCUUUCCCAGACUUGAACUUGAGAGCAACUACUCUCAGGUAUAUGACUUUACACAAAAUACUAGCUCAGUUGAUCGACCUCAUCAGACUUGUUGGCUUCAGCAAAACAAAUUGGUUUUCACUUAUAAUGGAGGUGGUACAAGACUGGGAAAUGCUUCUUGAUACUCUAUUUGGCUGUAAAAUGAUCAACUGAUUAAGUACAGAACUGAUCAUGGUUGGCCUCUUUGAUGAAUUCAGAAAACAUUCCAAAAACCUUGUGAGUGAAAUCAAGUAUGGGUUCCUCGAACUAGGAUUUCUGUAUGGCAAAUAAAGCAUUGAAAAUUUAUACAAAAAUUGUUCAUAUCAAGGGUGAACAAGCUUUCAAGAGUGACUCUGAAUGUAUCAGAAUGAGAGUAGGCCAGUAUUUUAUGCCUACAUAUAUUGGGGAAGAUACUUCCGAAUGUGUGGAAUAUGAUGAUAUAAUUCUCAGCGUUCUCGGGCCAACGGGAAAGCCCUGAAAAAUCCUCCCUCUUCUGUUUCAAGCUUUACUUUUCUUAAGCUUGGCAGGGAUGAUCAAGUUCUGAAAGAGCCUGGUUAUGACAGAAUGGGAACGUUAUAAGAAACUAAAGGAAGUGCUUAAUAGCAGAAACCAAGUUAGAGCAGUCCAUCGUCAUUAUUGGCAGGAUGAAGGUGAAAUUAAUGUGAACCUUGUUGAAAUUGAGUAAGAUAAGACCAUAAUGAGAAUGAACACUGAUAGAUAAGA